CCGGCGCAUUUCAGAAUGCCCUCUAUAUAUUUGCUUAACCUAAAUUCAAAAUACAGAUACGAAUAAAAAUAUACUCAGUUACCCAUCAUUUUGUUAUUUUUUCGAUAUUAACUAAAACAAAAAGUAUAAAAAUAUGUUUGGUCCUGACUACUGUCCUUGCGAAUCUCCAGAUCUUUGGAAAGAAGAAGAAGAUGAAGAUAAAUAUUUCCCUGAAACCCAAUGGUUGGGGGGUUCAUUUAAUGAAACUUACAGGGAUGAGUCUGGAAGCGAAACAAAUAUAAGUGAUGAUACAAACAACAGUUCCCAAAAUGAUGAUUUUGAUACUCCAUCACCACCAAAAAAAAUACCACAGUCUACAAAUAAUUUAGUUGAUAAAUCAUCAAAUUCCAGAAGUAUUAACAAAGUUAGUAAAAUACAUGAGAAAAGUAACCCGGUAAAUGAUCCUCCAGUACCUAGUGUUGGUGUUGAUAAUGUGAAGAAAAAUAAAAUUUACAUAGUAGAUGAGUCGUCUGAUUGUGACAGUGAACCAGAAAAUUCAAAUGUUAAAUCAUUGGGUGUAAAAAUUCCUCAGAAUCGUGAUGGACAUGUGAGAAGUAGUGAACCAAUUUUCCCCGCAGCGAAACCUAGUAAUUCAAAUAUCAAAUCACUAAUAAAACCUGGAUCUCACCAAAGAGUUAUGGGUUUUGAAGUAACACCGGAUGCUUUACCUGACUCAAGCGAUAGUGAUGAUAAUAUUAAAUCUACUCCUACUAAAAAGACAGUUGCAUUUUCAUUUUCAUUUUCAAAAAAUAAAGAAAAUUUAAAGAGUGAUUUUGAUGAAGAUAUAUAUUCAAGUGCUGAAGUUAAAAACUGGUUGGAGUCUCACGGGAAAUCGCAAUCACGAUGGAUAAUUUCUCAUGAUCAAUCGAAAAAAAGACGCUUCGAAAAAUGGGAGGACUAUUGCUUGCUUUAUUAUAUAAUCAAAGACAAACUUGUUAAUAAGUGGAACUCUCAAAAAGUAUGGGAAGAAAUGAAGUACCGUUAUAAUUAUUUACCACACAGAUCUGCAAAAUCUAUAGUGAAGCGCUUCGACUCAUACAUAGUUCCUCAAAUUAAAAGUUACGGUUUGCCUGAAUCAAUACAAGAAGAAAUGAAAAAUAUAAUUCGCAAAAAACGUCCUUGGUAACAAAUUAUUGAUUUUUAUAUUUUAUGUUAUUUAUUCAAUUGAAUUAUAUCGUUAAAAUAAUCUAGUAAACAACUUUUAUAAAAUUAUUUUUGUUACUACUUUUAAUAAGAAAUUAUAAUUAUUUUUAAAUAAAUUAAACUUUUAUGAAAAUUAAGUUUUAUUUUUUCAAAUACUCGAAUACUCGAAUUUAAUUAAAAUAUUAUUUUGAACUUUAAGUAUUUUUAAAUAAUUCAUGAGCUUGCGCCUGACGUCUUACUAUACAUACAUUCUAUAUUCUACUCUAUAUAUAUAUAUAUAUAUAUAAUAUAUUGAUGUAAUUCGCGCAAUACUUAUAUCAAGUCUAUCUAGUAUAGCAAAAGAGAAAGGAGAAGGGGAUCUCGUCUUUUUUUUAUUGAAUAUAAACUGAAAUAUAAAAUUGCACUACUGUACGCAAGAGGAUUCGCGCAAUGGCGGGUGUUAUAACUCGAUGUACUCAGAUUCCAAGGAAUCAAUUAA